ACAGCCUCCCGGAGCUUGCUGUGCACGCUUUGGCCUCCUAGGCAGGACUGCGAUAGUAGGAGAAGGGCAGUGGAGCCGCGCUAUGCAGCUACCCGAGGACGCCACAAAGCGCGCCCCGCUGGCCCUAGUGUCUAUUAUCCUCCCGGUGCACAAUGCUGAACAAUGGUUGGACGAGUGCUUGAUGUCUGUUUUACAGCAAGACUUUGAAGGCACCAUGGAGCUCUCAGUUUUUAAUGAUGCCAGCAAGGACAAGUCUAGGGCCAUCAUUGAAAAAUGGAAGGUGAAACUGGAAGAUUCUGGCAUCUCGGUAGUCAUCGGAGGCCAUGACUCUCCUUCUCCCAGAGGAGUUGGAUAUUCUAAAAACCAAGCGAUCGCACAGAGCACAGGGUCUUACCUUUGCUUUCUGGAUUCAGAUGAUGUUAUGAUGCCCCAGAGAGUGAGGAUGCAAUAUGAAGCCGCUGUUCAGCACCCAGCGAGCAUCAUAGGAUGCCAAGUGAGGAGAGAUCCCCCAGACUCCACAGAGCGAUACACACGCUGGAUCAACCAGUUGACGUCUGAUCAGCUGCUGACACAGGUCUUCACCUCCCACGGCCCCACCGUGAUCAUGCCUACCUGGUUCUGCUCUCGAGCCUGGUUUUCCCACGUGGGCCCAUUUGAUGAAGGAGGACAGGGGGUUCCAGAGGAUCUGCUGUUCUUCUAUGAGCACCUCAGGAAAGGUGGUGGCGUCUUCCGGGUGGACCACAGCCUGCUCCUCUACCGAUACCACUUGUGUGCAGCCACACAUUCAGUCCUUGAGAUGACCAUCUGGACUCACCGUGUCCACUUCCUAGAGGAACAAAUCCUUCCUCACUGGAAGUCCUUCACCAUCUGGAAUGCAGGCAAGCAGGGGCGUAAGUUAUACCGCAGCCUGACUGCAGCCAGCCGGCACAAGGUGGUGGCCUUCUGUGACAUUGACAAGAACAAGAUCAGGAAGGGCUUCUACUGCCACGAGGACUCACAGGAGAGACCCAAGCCAAAGGUUCCCAUCCUGCAUUUCCAAGCUGCCCAGCCACCUUUUGUCAUCUGUGUGAAGCUGGACCUCACAGGGGGUGAGUUUGAAGACAACCUGAAGUCACUACACUUGCAAGAAGGCCGGGACUUCGUUCACUUCAGCUGAGGCUGCUGCCAAGGUGGGUGUACACAGCAGCACUAGUAGGCUCUGAGCCCUGUCUGAUCUGCCUCCCUUUCACA